AUGGACUCAACUCGCACCAUCUCAGAACUCAAGUCUUCUUUUCUGAGGGCGCAGGUGCGUAUUCUCUCCGAGAGUCUCGAAGCGCCCGAGGACUGGAGGAGUUAUGCCGCGGAGCCCACCGGCGAAGAGGACCUGAGUGACAAGGUGGUGGGGGAUGCUUUACAGAAAUUGAAUGCGUCCUUGAAGCAGCAUAACCGCAUUGUCUAUUCUUCUCAGGCGAUCCAGCAUGUCGCACAACAAAUCGCCAGCCUGUACUGGUCUUCGGUGAUCCAGGCAACACGCGAUCAGAAUUCCUUGGAGAGAGGGGUUCCCAAAUCCGUGGAUCUGUCUAGCCAUAUGAAUAUUGCCGAAUUGCCAGUGGAGCUAGCAGAUGAAUCUGCGAGUGACGAAGAACGCCGCAGAUACCAGAAAUUACGAGAACGACUGAUUGAACUGGACCAACGACGACAGCAACGGCUGCGACGUCUUGACCAACUGCAACGGCUGCAACGGCUCCUCGAACCAUUCCGGAACCCCUCGGACACUAUCCAGCCCAAUCUUGUCACCCGCGAUGGGGAGUUAGUGCAGGAGCUGGAGAAGAUGAGAAUGCUGGUUGCGCGUGUUGGUGGCCGUAUUCACCAGCGCAAGAGGGAUCACGAUUCCCAUGAGGAUCAGCCAUCAUACCCACUCCCGGGAUCGGAUGAGAAGCUCGAGGCGUUAUUUGACAUGGCUUAA